GGGCGAGUCCGGAGGCCCUGGCUCCAAAAGGGCGGGGCUGGUCAUCUGGGAGGGCAGGGGCGCCCCAUAGAGGACAGUGCGCCCCGCAACCUGGGGGCGUGGUGGCCCCAGCCCCCGGCUCCAGGUGCGCCGCUUCCUGGAAGGAAUUUCCGGUCCCACGAGCAGGAGACGACCAGGAACUCUGAUUGAGUCCCCACCCCUAAGUGGGACGGUCCUCUCGGGAUAAAACCAGCUGCCCAGCUCCGACGAGGGUGUGACCUGCGCGGCCUCAGAGGAGUACAUUCGGGUCCCGGAGAGCGGAACUUCCGUUUGGGUGACUGACCUCUGAUCCUGACAUAGAGUCCUGGCCAUGGCAGCCAAAGGUGGUACCAUUAAAGCUGCUUCAGGAUUCAAUGCUGUGGAAGAUGCCCAGAACUUGAGGAAGGCCAUGAAAGGGCUUGGCACUGAUGAAGACGCUAUUAUCAGCAUCCUUGCCUAUCGCAACACGGCCCAAAGACAGGAGAUCAGGACCGCCUACAAAACCAACGUUGGUAGGGACCUGAUGGAGGACUUGAAGUCAGAACUGAGUGGCAACUUCGAGCAGGUGAUCUUGGGGAUGAUGACACCCACUGUGUUGUAUGACGUGCAGGAACUGCGAAAGGCCAUGAAGGGAGCUGGCACAGAUGAGGGCUGCCUGAUUGAGAUCCUGGCCUCCCGUUCACCUGAGGAGAUCCGUCGUAUAAAUGAGACCUACCAGCUGCAAUAUGGGCGGAGCCUUGAAGAUGACAUCCGCUCAGACACUUCCUUCAUGUUCCAGCGAGUGUUGGUCUCCCUGUCUGCUGGAGGCAGAGAUCAAGGGAAUUUUCUCGACGAUGCCCUCAUGCGACAGGAUGCCCAGGACCUGUAUGAAGCUGGAGAGAAAAAAUGGGGGACAGAUGAGGUGAAAUUUCUAACCGUUCUUUGUUCCCGGAAUCGAAACCAUCUGUUGCAUGUGUUUGAUGAAUACAAGAGACUGUCACAGAAGGAUAUUGAACAGAGCAUUAAAUCAGAAACAUCUGGUAGCUUUGAAGAUGCUUUGCUGGCUAUAGUAAAGUGCAUGAGGAACAAACCUGCAUAUUUUGCUGAAAGACUUUAUAAAUCUAUGAAGGGCUUGGGCACCGACGAUGACACUCUUAUCAGAGUAAUGGUUUCUCGAGCAGAGAUUGAUAUGAUAGACAUCCGGGAACAUUUCAAGAGGCUUUAUGGAAAGUCUCUGUACUCCUUCAUCAAGGGGGACACAUCUGGAGACUACAGGAAGGUGCUGCUCAUUCUUUGUGGAGGAGAAGAUUAAAAUAAAACCCCAGAAGGAUAGAAGGAUUCCCAUACUUUGAAUUUUUUUACUUCAUUUUUCUACACUGCUAUUAGCAUUAUCUCAGGCUGCUUAUUUCCAAUUAAAACGCCUACAGAUGCCUCCUAGGAAAUAGUCUGUAUUAUGAUUCAUCUAUAACUAGUCAUUAUGAUGCUUUAAAGUGGUACUUGCAUUUCAAAGCCUGUAAGACCUAAAAGAUUUAAAAUUAGAAGUAAAAAUCUACUGAGUGUUUUAAGCAGAUUUUUUCAUUUGUACUUCACAGAAACUAGAAUACGCUAAAUUAUCUCAUGUUUUCCUUUUUGGUGGGAAGCUGUUCUAUAAACACUUCUCUAGUCUAUUUUUAGAGUGAUUGGUAAUUUCCCCGUUUGAAAUUGUGAUCGAGCGUACAUUUUGUUAUUUUGCAUAGUCAACAUUUGGAACAUGUACUAAUCUCCUUUGUUUAGAAUUAGCCUGUAGUAUUAAUGCAUCUCUACUAAGUCUGGCACAUAAUCACAUCUUAUGCUAAGAUCACCUAAUCAGUCCAGGCUGAAGUAUACCAAAAGUCACCAACUUACAUGGUAGUUGACUUAAAUUAUAAAUGUGGUCAAAUAGAGCUUUUAUGUCUAGUUACCUAACAAAUCUGAAACAUUCCAUGAUAUUAUGGCUAAUGUCUUAUUCCACCUUGAAAAUAAGUGGCAAGAAUUGUGUCAACAAAAGUAUUUUGAUGAUGGAGUAAUGCUCUGAAUUUACUUUUUCUUAAGGAAAGCUUUUGUGCUAAAAAUAAUUUUAAUCAUUUCUUAUUCUGUAGAUUUGUAGUACUUUAUGUUUUCACAGUGCCUUUUAGCUCUGAAAUUAUGCUGAAGCUGUAUUUGAAUUUAAUUUUUAGCAAGUUCACUAUACAAUAUGGAAAAGUUUAAUAAAAGAUGGUGUCUUUUAAAAUGAA